GAUAUGAUGCUAAUGAGUCUGUGCUGCAUGGAGCUGCAGCUUGAUCAGUGGUUGCUCACCAAAGGGAAGACUUCAACAGGUUCUGGAAAUGGCAAAUUUGCCCUCGAUUUCCCAGGCACCCAUUUCUUGGGGGAUUUGCUGCAGCUUUCAUUCGCUUCCUCCCAGCGAGACCUUUUUGAGGAGGGUUGGCUAGAAUUUGUGGUCCGAGUGUACUGGCUGAAAGCUCGACUUCUGGCCCUCCAGGGUGACAUGGAACAGGCGCUGGAGAACUACGAUGUCUGCACUGAAAUGCUCCAGAGCUCUGCUGCAGUUCAAGCCAAAGCCAGCAACGAUCAGAGCAUUGUGAUCAGACUGCCAAAUCUCCAUGUUGAUUCUAUGGUUUCUUUGAAAGAGAUUGACAAAAAGCUGAAAUCCCUGGAGAGAUGUCAGUCACUUGAGGAGAUCCAGCGCUUGUAUGAGGCAGGGGAUUAUGCAGCAGUGGUGCAGCUUCUUCGCCCAACAUUGUGCUUCAGUGGAUAUGGCCGGACAAAACAUUUAGAAUUUGUGAUCUCCAUCCCAGAAAGGCCAGCUCAACUGCUGCUGCUGCAGGAUUCCCUGCUCAAAGUAAAGGACUACAGGCAAUGCUUUGAAUGUUCAGAAGUUGCCUUGAAUGAGGCUUUCCAGCAAAUGAUUAAUAUGACAUCGGCAUCUGCAAAGGAAGAGUGGGUGGCUACCAUAACACAGCUGCUCAUGGGGAUAAAUAGUGCCCUGUCUUCAGACAGCAGCUGCCUAAAGGAUGCUUCUGCAACACCUAGCCUCAUUCGACUGUCUAACAACCUCAUCCAGGUAAUAGAUUGCAGCAUGGCAAUCCAGGAGGAGUCCAAAGAACCAUUUGUAUCUUCUGUUCUUCCUUGGAUUAUUCUUCAUAGGAUCCUUCAGCAUGAAGAAGACAACUUCCGGUCCCUUUGCUGUCAACAAGAAGAACAGAUACAAAAUCAAAAUGAAGAAGUGGUGCGAACUCUUGACACUCCGAUGCUGCCUUCUUCUCUAAUGUUGCUGAAUACGGCUCAUGAAUAUCUUGGCAGGCGGUCCUGGUGCUGUAACUCUAAUGGAGCCCUUCUGAAGUUCUAUAUACGGAUUCUGCAAAAAGAGCUUUUGGCCUCUACCUCUGAAGACACCCAUCCCUAUAAAGAGGAGCUGGAGACUGCCUUAGAGCAAUGCUUCUAUUGCUUAUAUAGUUUCCCAAGCAAAAAGAGCAAGGCACGGUACUUGGAAGAGCAUUCUACACAGCAGGUGGACUUGAUGUGGGUAGAUGCCUUAUUCAUGUUUGAAUAUUUUAAGCCCAAGACUCUUCCUGAAUUUGAUAGCUACAAAACCAGCACAGUUUCUGCUGACCUGGCCAACCUUCUGAAGAAGAUGGCAACCAUUGUCCCGCAGACAGACAAGCCUAUGCUGAGACUUGAGGAAGUGUCAAGCUACAUUGAAGGGGUUCUGAGCAAGGUGCCAGCUCUUCCUGAGGGUGCAGACUACUCUCCUCCUGUUGUGACAGAGCUGUACUACUUGCUGGCAGAUUACCACUUCAAGAACAAAGAACAGUCCAAGGCCAUCAAGUUCUACAUGCUUGACAUUUGCAUCUGCCCUAACAG